UGUUGACGUCUUGCUCACUGGCCAUAAGAGAUCAAACUGCAUAGAUCUAUUUUUUAAGGCUUGAUAACUAUACAAUUACAAACUAUGAUAAAUAUUAUGGACAAUUCUACAUGUCUUACGUCGCAUGAUUGCACUACAUUUUCAGUUUAUAUUUUAGAGGUCUGUUAUGUUGAAUAUUGUCAACGCUUUGCUCAUUGGCCAUAAGAAAUCAAACUGCAUAAAUCCAUUUUUUAAUGCAUGAUAACUAUACUAUUACCAACUAUGAAAAAUAUUAUGCAUGUCUACAUGUCUUAUAAGAAUACGUCUGAUUACACCAUCAUGAGCAGUCCUAUAAAAUUUACGAGCAGUCCUAUAAAAUUCACGCCUUACGGUAUAAGUAUUGAUGAAAUAUUUUUUUUUUUAUGAAAUAUUGAAUUUAUUGAUCAUUGUAAAAAGAAUACAUGUACAGAGUUAAAAGAGACUGCAAACAACUAAGCUGAAAACAUCCAAAAUUAAGGCAAAUGAGCCUCCAACCAAUGACACAACAGCCCCUGCAACUUCGGUUUCAGAUAGUAUUUGGUCGACAUUAUGUGAUUCCUCAUUGUUUUGUCUAUGAUACGAACUAAGAUGAUCCACAGAAUUAGCAGAGUUCUUGUGCUUCCUAUCAUUCAUCUCUCUCCAGAUGAAAUAGAUGGUGACUUGUAGGACCAGUCUCAGCAAAAUAAAAGUAGACAAUCAUACUUUCCUGUGAGCAGACGCGAUAUGGUGAUGUCCCAAUCCGGAUCAGGCUCAACUCCAAACAGGUUCCUUACUACUUGCAGCCACAGCAUGAAGGUAUAUGGACAAGCAAAGAAGAGAUGUUCUCUGGUCUCAUACGGCUCACCACAGAAGAAACAUCCUUGCGGCUGGCACCAUCUACGAGUACUGUGACCUGUAUAGAGCCUGUCGUGGAAUACUAACCAGGUUAUGAAAGCAUAGCAAGGAACACCUUGGGAGAACCACUCCAUUUUUUUUUUCCUUAUGCUACCUGAUUUGAUGGCAUGUUCUUGAAGCGAUGAACCUGUCUCCAUAAUCGUUGGGACCAUUCUUCCACAUGAUCCCAUCUGGGACAUUAGCAGUCAGCACUAAUGGGAAACAUUGAUCUCCUGCACCAAUCUCUGUAACUGCUGAUCACGACAGACCCGAAUCCUCCAAACACUAUCUACAAACACAUCACAAAUUCUUGCAUUCCUUGCAAUGCCUAACUUUUGUCUUCCAAUUUCCUCAGUAAUAUCUAUCAAUCUCCCUGCAGGGUGCCAGAGAUCCGACCAUUGAUGAAUUUUUAGUCAAACCAUUAGAUUAAGAGGUCUUCUAACUGCAUAAAUAAAUCAAUUUCAACUAAAUAUAAAAUAUUGUAUUUAGGAUAUUAGAGCAUCCACCUCCCUAAUUUUAUUAAUUUGGGAUUUUAAACACAUUAAUACUAGUAUUUUAAUGUAAAUCAAUAUUUGAUUUAAUUUAAAUACUUUUAGAAAAUCAAAACCAUUUAAGAUAUUCACAAAAAAAAAAAAUAGACGGUAAGUUUUUAUCUGAUUUUAGAAUUUAUUUUUCUACGACUGUUUCUUAUAACAUUCAAAAUACUUGGAUCCAUACUCAAUAUUUAUAAAGGUAGAUCAAAUGGUAGUAUACUCAACUUUUAAAGGUAGAGCAUGAUUAAACCAUAAUUAGAAUGUACAAAAAAAAAUUGUUGUUCAUAACUUCUACAACGCCUUUCAAUCAGCCUUAGUCAACGUUCCCGACAACCAAAGAAAAAUCGAAUUUGGAAGAAUCAAAAAUCAAUAUGCUUACCCACACUCUUGGGACUUCAGAGGCAGAAAAAUGGGAAAAGGGAGAAUCGACCACACAUAAAGGAGAAGUUGAAAUUAAGAGAAAAGUGCAGCUAACAUGCUUAUAUCAUAGGUUCUAGGGGUUGGGACUUGGGACUGAAGAGCCUUAUACAAACAAAAGAUUGUCCAAUUGUACUUGUGACCACAACUCAUCUUUUCACAAAACAAACUUAUACGGCUAUUUUGCUAAUCCAAUAUUUCUAUUAUUGUUAAAAAAAAUUCGAAGAGUAAGCUCUCUUUAUCAAUAUAUAUUAAAAUGUUCAUUGCAGAAAAUCAGGAAAAUACUAGUAAUAUAAAUUUUUGCUCGGUAAGCUGUAAGGUCAAGUGAUGAGUGUAAUUUUAUUCCCACCAAGAUUUGAUAAUUUCGUGUUCAACUAAAACAAAUAGCAUACUGUUUAUCCGAUAAUACGAGAAUCUUUUCACAUAAAAUCAUGCAUCCGGUUACAUGUUAUUUUACCUAACAUUAAACUUUUUUUCUGAUGGUAUGUUGUCAUGCAGGCCUGGCAGUCAAAAUAUAACGCUUAAAAUAAUAAUAAAAAUAUGCCUUACAAAAGUGAAAUUUUUAUCAUCAAUCGAAUUAAGAAUGUAUGCCUGCCAAAAUUUUCUAACCUCAACGACUACAUUUGCGGCUACGUGCUAGCCUAAAGAUCCUUACUAGGUACAUUCUUCAUUCCUCGCGCGCGUGAGACAAUUUGGCUAAACCUAUCACACCCUAAAGUCUGCAACAUGCAUAGAGAGGAGAAUGAAGUCCAUUACUACCUUUAAAAUUUAUUCUUUUUGUAUACCCUUUACAAAUGUGUGUACAUAUAUAUUAUAUAUACAUGUAUAUUUCUCAUCAUUCUUCAUCUCACAACACAUUAACAAAAAAAUGUCAUUCGCUUCUAAACUCUUGUAUGCAUUCUUCUUGAUCUUAUUAUCAUCGGCUCGAGUUACUCACAACAUGAAUCUAAGCCCAUCACCAGCUCCAAAUCCAGCUUAUUAUGAUGAUAACAACAAUGCCUCAACUGUCUUCGACGUGACUUCGUUUGGAGCCAUCGGCGAUUGCAGGACGGACGACACUUCAGCAUUCAAGAUGGCAUGGGACACGGCAUGUAUGACCAUAGGUGUUGACUCAGCCGUGCUUCUUGUUCCUUACACCUUUUGUUUCUUGGUGAAGCCAACCAGCUUCAAUGGUCCUUGCAGAACUCGCCUUACACUACAAAUCGAUGGGAUCAUUGUGUCUCCCGAUGGACCGAAGUCGUGGCCAUGGAACUUCAAGAGGCAGUGGCUAAUGUUCUACCGAGUGAACGGAUUAUCAAUUCAAGGCUCUGGUCUUGUCAAUGGUCGUGGUCAAAAAUGGUGGGACCUUCCUUGCAAACCUCACAAGGGAGUUAAUGGAACGACUCAGCCCGGUCCAUGUGACAGUCCUGUGGCAAUUAGAAUAUUUCAAAGCUCAGACGUGAAAAUCAAAGGGCUUACCUUCAAGAACAGUGCUCAGUUCCAUGUAAGGUUUGACAAUUGCGAUGACGUGGUUGUAGACUCUGUGACCAUCAAUGCACCAGCCUCUAGUCCCAACACUGAUGGGAUCCACAUUGAGAAUACACAUAACGUUCAGAUUCGCAAUUCUGUUAUUUCCAACGGAGAUGAUUGUGUUUCAAUCGGAGCCGGCUGCUUUAAUGUGGAUAUUAAGAAUAUUACCUGCGGUCCAAGCCACGGUAUUAGCAUAGGAAGCCUUGGAGUCCACAACUCAAGUGCAUGGGUCUCGAACAUAACCGUGACAAACUCAACCAUAUGGAACUCAGACAACGGUGUUCGGAUAAAGACAUGGCAAGGAGGGUCAGGGUUGGUUUCAAGAAUCGUUUUCCGCAACAUUUUGAUGGUGAACGUUCGUAACCCUAUAAUGAUAGACCAAUACUACUGCCAAACCAAGAACUGUGCGAACCAAACCAGCGCAGUCAUCAUCAGCGAUGUCCUGUAUGCGAAUAUCAAAGGGAGCUACGAUCUGAGAAGCCCACCUAUGCAUUUUGGUUGCAGCGACUCUUUCCCCUGUACAAACUUAAGACUAGAGGAUGUUGACCUCUUUCCUUACAAAGGCCAGCUUUUUGAAAACCCAUUUUGCUGGAAUGCGUAUGGAAGCAUGCAGACGGUUACUGUCCCGCCUGUUAAUUGCCUGCUUGAGGCGCUUCCGGGCUGCUGACACUAGAAGAUGUGUUCGUUGUUGUUCAUCAACUCGCAAAUAUGAACACACACAUGAUGUAAGGCUAGCUAGAUUUUAUGUCAGUAAAGAAUAUAGAAGAAAGUCUCCAACGUUUUAUAAUACCACACUACAUUAGAAUAUGUAGUUUGUAAUAUAAGAAAAUAAAAGAUGCUUCUGCAAUAGUAGAGAAGUGAACUUAUAUUUCAUUUAUUGAUCGGUGGCGAAACAAAUCGGUUCAUGAUUCAUGAACAAGAAUCAGCCACAAUUGGGACAACAUUACUUGCAAACAGAAGCGAGUACCUCCAGGAGAGAAGCAGUGAAUCUCAUCUGAGUCUCCUCAUCCACAGCGACGAAAAGAGGAACGUGAACAAAGAGUGAAUAGGUCUUGUUCUGUUCUGCAAAUCUCAGUGAGUGGUAAUAGACAUAGU